CAUGUGCAGGAGAAAGAGGUGACCAUCACCAAGCCCAAUGGAGAGACGUCAGUGGCCACAGUACGCAUCUGGAAUGAGACAGUGUCCAACCUCACCCUGAUGGCGCUGGGCUCCUCUGCACCGGAGAUCCUGCUGUCUGUCAUAGAGCGUGCCGACAGGCGCCAUGGCAUUGUCGUGGAGAUGGAGGGCGAGCUGACGCCAAAGGGCGUCGAGAUGAUCAUGGAUGGCAAGUUCCCCCACCGGGGGGCUGUGGUCGCCAUGCCGACAGACAGCUGCCAGGAAGCCAACAGCUCUGCCUCCCACCCUAGCAACACCCUCAUCACCACCGCCUCCAUGGAAACCAACAGGGAGCUGGAUGAGAGCCGGAAAGAGGUGAGGUCCGGCCGCCAGGAGCCCCUAAUUCAGAGCCUCCCUCCCCUGAACACCUUGGGCGGCGCCGGGGCCAGCACCUUCUACGUGGACUACCGCACCGAGGACGGCUCGGCCAACGCCGGCUCCGACUACGAGUACAGCGAGGGCACGCUGGUGUUCAAGCCCGGGGAGACCCGCAAGGAGAUCCAGGUGGGGAUUAUCGACGACGACAUCUUCGAGGAGGACGAGCACUUCUUCGUCCGCCUGCUGAACCUGCGCGUGGGCGACGCCGAGGGCAUGUUCGAGAGCGAAGACGGGCCCGGCGGGCCCAAGGCCCGGCUGGCGGAGCCCGCCGUCACCACGGUGACCAUCCUGGACGACGACCACGCGGGCAUCUUCACCUUCGGGGAGCGGGUGCUGCGGGUGAGCGAGAGCGUGGGCACGAUGGAGGUGAGCGUGCUCCGCAACUCGGGCGCCAGGGGCACCGUCGUCCUGCCGUACCACACCGAGGAGGGCAGCGCCAAGGGCGGCGGGGUGGACUACGAGGACGCCCGCGGAGAGCUGGAGUUCACCGACGACCAGACCUCAUGCAGUCUUCAAGUGCGGAUUGUUGAUGAUGAAGAGUAUGAGAAGCAGGAGAACUUCUUCAUCGUCCUGGAGGAGCCUCGCUGGCUGAAGAGAGGGAUAUCAGCUCUGCUGCUCACCCAGGAAGACCCGGAGGGGAAGCUCAGUGCAGAGGAGGAGGAGGCCCGUCGGAUCGCGGAGAUGGGGAAACCGGUGCUGGGGGAGCACAACCGGCUGGAGGUCAUCAUCGAGGAGUCAUACGAGUUCAAGAGCACGGUGGACAAGCUGAUCAAGAAGACCAACCUGGCGCUGGUGAUCGGGACCCACUCGUGGAGGGAGCAGUUCAUCGAGGCCGUGACCGUCAGCGCAGGCGAUGGCGACGAGGAGGAUGACGAGGGCCGCGAGGAGCGCCUGCCCUCCUGUUUCGACUACGUGAUGCACUUCCUGACGGUCUUCUGGAAGGUGCUGUUCGCCUGCGUGCCGCCCACCGAGUACUGGAACGGCUGGGCCUGCUUCCUGGUGUCCAUCACGGUCAUCGGCCUCCUGACCGCCGUCAUCGGGGACCUGGCCUCGCACUUCGGCUGCACCGUGGGGCUGCGGGACACCGUCACUGCCGUGGUCUUUGUGGCGCUGGGCACCUCCAUCCCUGACACCUUUGCCAGCAAGGUGGCCGCCACUCAGGACCAGUACGCAGACGCCUCGGUGGGCAACGUGACGGGCAGCAACGCGGUCAACGUCUUUCUGGGCAUCGGCGUGGCGUGGUCGGUGGCCGCCAUCUACUGGAACGUGCAGGGCAAGACCUUCCGGGUGGAUCCGGGCUCGCUGGCCUUCUCCGUCACGCUCUUCACCAUCUUCGCCUUCGUCAACAUCGGCGUGCUGAUGUUCCGCCGCCGGCCGUCCAUCGGCGGGGAGCUGGGGGGCCCGCGGGUCGCCAAGCUGCUCACCACCCUGCUGUUCUUCGGCCUCUGGUUCCUCUACAUCCUCUUCUCCAGCCUGGUGGCCUACUGCCACAUAGAGGGCUUUUAGAGACCCUGAGUCCCGCUCCGCUUUACACUUCGCACACACCCGCACACACGUUCAGUAAACACAGACGGACAGCGCCGCCCUGCUGGCUGGAACUUGAACUGCGCUCUGGGCUCGCUUCUCACCUUCUCCUCUUUCCCAGUCCCAGGUGUUCUGAAUCGAGGGAGAGGGAGGGGGCUGGAGACCCCUGGGAAGGGAAUGGGGAGAGACUGGAGGAAGAGACGGAAGAAGGAGAGAGGAGGAGAGAGCAUGCUCUGUGCUAUAUUGGCCUUUUCUGCCCCUUUUUUUUAAUCAUGCCCAAUCGUCUCGUAGAAAGAGUAGGCAGGUUUGCAGCUGUGACAGGUCUGGUUUUGCAAGCAUGAGCCACAGUACAGCACGAGGAUUUGCCAAGUAACUCGUCCACACAGGAACCUCCCCUCCUGCCCUCUGCUCACUCUCUGCCCCCAGUUCUCAAGAGCGCUGCCCAUCAGACCACCUUCCCACACUGUGUCAGAAUGGGCAGCCUGGACCGAGGCCACGCCCUGGAAACAACACCGAGCCUGGCGGGGAGCCGGCUCCAACACAGCAGGGCGUGACGCUGCGCGUCACCGCAGGGCCUGACAAACACGCUUCUGCAGAUGACGUGAGAGAAUCGCGAAGGGUUCGCGUGUAUACUGCAAGUCUUGGAGGUGGAGGGAGAGAGGCUGGGGACGCAACGGGGUUAAAGUUCUCGCACGGCUGCAGGUGGGAGCCGGGUCUGUCUGUGUGGAUCGGCGCUGGAACAGUUUCUCACGGACACUGAAGGAGCAGCGGUUCGGUUCAGUUCAGUCAAGGCGAUGUUCCUGUUAUAUUUUGGAAGGGAAAAGGCUUUUAGAGCCAUUACAGUAUUGAUUUCUCUUCUCUGCCUUUUAAAGUAUUUCUUCCUGUGCAGCUGUGUGUUAGCAGGUAGCAGACAAGGCCUAGAGAACGCCUGCAGCUGUUGGCUUGAACGCACGGAGCUCUGCACGGGCUCUCCUGUAAAAAAGCUGCAGCUCUGCUGAUGUCUCCCAGCGCCGUUCCUCUAGGAAUGUGUCUCCUCACAGACCCCAGCUUGCUCUCCAUGAGACACACAGACAGGGAGAGAAGCUGGGGGUCAGAGCGCAGGGUCAGCCAU